GUAUAAAGAGCCCUCUUCUCUCUCUCUCUCUCUCUCUGAUAACACAGCGACAAUGGAUCAACACGAGCAAACUCCAACGGAACGAGCCAAGUCGUCACAGUUAUGGGACUGCGGGAGCACCCUCUACGACUCCUUCGAGCUCCGAUCCUUCAAGCGCGUCCUCGAUUCGGCCAUCGUCACCCGCGCUCUCUCCAUGCCUCACCGUCCUGGCCGCCUCCCCGAGCCGCUCGAUCCACCUCCACCCCAGCUGCCGCUGCCGCCUCCCAAGAAAGGCUCCAAGAUCUCGCGCUCGCUCCACAAGCUCCUCCGGUCUGUCUUCAAGCCCGGCAAGCCCUUUUUCGGGGUCAAACCGCACGAGGCUCACAAGGGCAACUUCAUCUUCUUUUACGACAAGUCUGGCGCUCUCUCUACGAUCCCGGAGGUCCCGGAGAGUGAGUGCUUCGCGGCGCUGUCACCGGAGGUCGGCUCAUUCGUGCGGAAAACGGCGUCGGAGAGAUUCACUGUGGCUCCGGUCGGAAUUUCUUAUGCUUAAUUAGUUUUCUGUGAGGAGAAGAUCAAAUGAAGCGUGUGCCUACCAGGUUGAGAACUUGAUUUGUGUACAUAUUAUAGGUCGAGUCAAUUUAUCGAACCGCAAUCCAGCACAUCAUUCACCGUGAUUGAACAUGUUCAUCAUAUAAGUUAUGGCGAAGGUUGCCAGAAUCUCUGUUUACUUAAUACUAGUCUACUUUGAUGGCACGUUUUGUC